AUGUCUGCCCUCUCUUCAAAUUCCAUAAUUCUGAGCAGGUUAAAUUCAGGAGAAUAUAAAACCACAUCAUUACCAACAUCCUUACCAUCCACGCUGAAUCCAUUUCUUGAUUUCCAAACAUUAAAAUCAUCAGAGAUUAUCAAAGAAUAUGAAAAGACACAUUAUUAUAGUGAGAAGGAUAAAAAGAUUGAUAAGUUAUACAAGAGGGCAUUAAAAGAUCAUGAAAAGAUUGAAAAAAAUUUGAUAAAGAGUGGUGGUUCAGAAUUGAAUAAUGGUGAAUAUCUUGGAAGGGAUUUACAAAUCAAAGAGAUUGAGAUUUUAAAAUUUGAAAAAUUUUAUGAGAUUAAAGGGAUUUAUUGUGAGAUUAUUGAAUUUGUUAAAGAGUAUGAAGAUCCGUAUAAAUUGCAAAGUGAAAAAGAACCAAUUGAAGUAGAAUUAAGGAGAUGUUUUGAAGAAUUUGAUGAUUUGUUGAGACAGUUGAGAUUUCUUGAUUUAGAGAGACAUGAUUUAUUAAAAUUAAGAAAACAAUUGAAGAGACAACAUGGUGUUUGGUAUACAAGAUUAUUUAAAGAUAAAAGAGAGAAAUCAAAACUACAAAAAUUAAACAAAUAG